GCCGAGCAGUUCACGUCCGACUGCCGUAAGUUGUGGUCUCGCCGGGUACGCUCUUCUCUCUUUCUCAGCCGCUCUCUCCUCUCGUUCGCUCCAUUCGAUCCCGGUCUCCCCGGGCAGGGCCGCCGAGUGUGACGUUCCGCCGUCUGACAGUUUUCGCGAAUAACUCGCGCGUAAGGUGCGCAAUGUCGCCGUGUCGUCGCGUCGUGUAGACGGCGCGUCGUAGUAAGAUUUUGUGUGGAAAAACACAUUUCCCGCGCGCGCGUGCACGCGAACGCGUGCGUGACCACGUCUCCUGCUGCUUGUUGCGACACUUGCGACGUUGUGACGACCGGCGACCGGCGAGUAUAGUAAACAGGUGACGCCGACAAGCGGAGCGGAACGGAACGGAACGGCGGCGUUGUGUCGUGUCGCGUCGCGCCGCGCCGGUAGCGGUUGACCUUUUAAAACGCACGGUGCGUCGCGCGGUAAAUUGCGCGAAAUAGCAGCAGCGGCCGCUGUGAUCGGGACGGUGUUCGGAAUAAAUCACCGCUCCGCACGACCGCGCGCUAAUACGGUGGACCGCCGUUCGGCAUACCGUGUCAAGGCCACCGGCGGCGAGUUCGCGCCUCGUGUCACUAUACGUAGCGCACUUCGAUCUCUGCGCAAUACCGGAGGAAGAAGGAUAGGAAGAAAGAGAGAGACGGAGAAGGAAAAAGAGAAAUCGCGUCGACUGUGAACCCCUGGAUCGCGAUCGUCGAGAAACUUCGCAAUCGCGUUCCUCAAGAUUCAUCUCUAAUCUGAAAGACGGUGUCAAGGUCGCACUUCCGGCGAACAUUUUACGAGCGGCGGGAAGUCGCGUCGCGCCGCGGCACGACGUAGCCCGCUCGAUUGCGACAAUAAUCGCGCGAGCGCCCGCGCGCGCGCGCGCGCGCGUGUUUGUCGAACUGUCAUCAACAGACUCCGAUGCAUGGGAUUGAUAAAAAUCGCACGAAAGUGCCCACGUGACAAUCUCGGUUUGGCGGGUUUCACACAGUGAAAUAGUACUCGUGCGCGAAAUCCCGCAGGGAAGUGGAGAGUAUAUUACGUCGAAGAAGAUCGUCACACGGUCGAUGUUUGCGGGAUAGAAACGCGGAUAUAUCGCGACAGGAGCGGUCCCGCGGGAACGAUACAGGAAAACGUUCGGCGCCGGGUAUACGCUCCUCCAUCGAUCGAUUGAUCGAGCUCUCGACAACUCUUCGUGUAACGUUUGUUAGAGGCAAGGCCGGGGAGGAUUAGAGGAUUAUCGCCGCGCGUGAAUAAGCUAUCGAGCAGCCGCGCGAUUAAUCGCCGGCUAACCGGCUAAUUUUAAUUCGGCCGGCAAACAAGUCGCCGUAUGCGAUAAGGCGCCGAGGGGAGAGACAUCGGCGGCGCGACCACGACGACGCGACGCGUCUCUCCGGACGCAAUGCUGCCGUUCUCCAAUAUGGCGAGCAACGCCCGCCGCGGGAACACCUGCUGCGAAUUGCGACCUACGUUUACCGGCGCGAACGCGAGUGAUUGUUGAGUAAUAUAAAUCGUGGAUAAGGACAAGAGUCGCGAUAUCGACAGUCAUCGUUGCCUUCGUGACGUAAAAAAUUGCGAGACUAUUGGCGGAUAGAGAGAGAGAAAGAAAGAGAGAGAACUAAUUGAAAAGUUUGCAACCUGCAAUGGCCAACGACGACGGACGAACGUACUUUGUACGGGCAGGCGGAUGAAGGAAACUCUCUUUCCCCAUUAUAUUUAUUUAUCGAUAAAUGUACCUCGAAGUGUACGGCAUGUGGCAGCAGCAGCAACAGCAGCAGCAGCAUCAUCAGCAACAAGCGUACUUGAGGGGUUUGCCCUCGCAACAUCCGCAGCAACAGACUCUCCAUCCAGGGAUUAUCGCCACGGAUAACCACGCGUCGCAUCAUCCGCAUCAGCAACAUCAUCAUCACCCGCAACAUCAUCGCACUACCAUUAUGGAUUUGCCGGUACCAAGCAAUCCACGUGCGUCGCGAAACAUGGCGGAGAAGCAACGCCGCGACAACCUCAACGCAAAUAUAUCGACGAUGGCGACCCUCGUGCCGAGCGUUGCUGGAAGUUCGAGGAGAAUGGACAAAAUAUCCAUCCUGAGAUUAGCUACCGCCUUUCUGAGGACGCGCUACACACUCGGAAGCGGCUCGAUGAACUUUCCUUCUCCGCUGUUCAAAGAUCAAUUUGAUCUGGAGCAAUUUUUUGUGGACCACCUGGUUGACAGCGAAGGAUUCUUCCUCGUUGUCACCGCAGCAGGAAAAAUCGUCUAUGUCAGUCGACAAGUGGAGCAACAUCUCGGUCAUGUUCAGAACGAGCUGCUGGGUCAAUCCCUAUAUAAUUUCAUCCAUCCCGAGGAUCAUGACGUGCUCACGCGUAAUCUCACCCCCGACGGGAUGCAGCCGAUGUCGGCGCCGUCGCCGGCGGGCGUCGCGCAGGUGUCCGAGUUGGCGCACGACAACAGUUCCAGCUCCUCCGAGGACUCCGCGACGACGAGCAGUCGCCGGACGAGCGAGAGCAGGACCAAACGCUUUUCCGAGCAGAGACGACACUUCCAGAUCCGGAUGGCGCAACGCGCCAACUCCAGGCGCGAUCACACUCAGCAUCAGUGCUUCGACGUUUCGGGCCUUCUCCGGCUCGCGGAGGCCUGCAAGAACGCGGACGUCAGCGGGAGCAGAGGGAGACAAAGAGAAACCACGGGAACCAGCAACGACAUCGUUUUCACCGGCAUAGUGACCAUGCCGAAGAAGCGGUCCAUCACCGAAUUGUCGAUACUGGACGCGAAUAAAGACGAGUACGUGACGCGGCAUCUGGUCGACGGGCGUAUCAUUUUUUGCGAUCACAGGGUGUCCGUCGUAGCCGGGUUCUUGUCGGAGGAGGUAUCGGGCCGGAACGCGUUCAGUUUCAUGCACAAGGAUGAUUUCAGGUGGACGAUGAUCGGCCUACGGCAAAUGUACGACCGUGCCGAAACGUGUGGCACGUCGUGCUACAGGUUAGUCACGAAGAACGAUGGAUUCAUCUACUUACGGACCCACGGUUAUUUGGAAUUCGACAAGGAUACGCAAACAGUGGAAUCCUUCGUUUGCGUCAACACCUUGGUAUCGGAAGAGGAAGGGAUUAAACUAAUGAAAGAGAUGAAAGCAAGGUUUUCUGCCACCGUGUCCGCAAGUAACAGAGGUCUUAUUCCGGCUAGCGACAUUAACUCAUCGAUAGAAUUGAACUCAAACUCCCAGCCACCGAAUCCGAGAUGUGAUCUCGAAGAUCCAGCGAAGCUCGAGGAUGCUAUCACUCAUCUAAUCAGCGACCUACCCUCACCGGCUAUGUCGGAGGACCGUUUCUCCCCCUCGCCGAUGCCGCACACGCAAUACGUGAAGGCUGCUAUAUUUUCUUCUCGUAUGCCCCCGGCUGCCGCGCAAGCCAACAAGAUUGGUAUCAAUAAGAUCGACCACUGCCUUGUUAUCCAAGGCAAAGGCAAAGUAACUCCGAAGCAAGAAUCCAAACAUACGAUCGGAAAACUGAUUAAUCCUAGUAGCGCGGAGCAAAGCCCGAUAUCGAGUUUGGAGGGUGCGAUGCCAUCCGGCAAGUCUUUGUCAAAUUUUGAAAUGAUGAACGCUGCCCCCAACAGCCAUGGCAAUAUCCAGAACGCCGAUAUGUCUGCACAAUCAAAUCUUGCCGCUCUUAAGUCUAGUAAGAGCUCUCGCGCGUCACGUAAUCAUACAUCAUGUUUGGACAUUUCUCAAAAUACGAACGUCUUAAACGCGCAGGAAAGAAUAGACCAGUGCAAUGUGAAUAUGUUGUCGCCAAACACUCUAAACGACGACACCACAUGCAAUAUCAAGGUGGAACGUGGCAUCGAAGAGACAUUUAAUUGUUUGGAAAAGCAGGAGUCGGUACUGCAAUACUUCGACGACAGCGCGAGCGACAGUUCUAUCGUCUCGUCAAAAAUCGAGAUGCACAAUCGGUGUCCAUUGAAGAGGAUAUGUAGCAAUGAGGAUCUUUUGGCGAUGCAUAGUAAAAAGAGACCCAAUGAUGUAUACGCAUCGAUAAAUGCGAACAACGAACAACAACGCAUUUCUUAUUUGAAAUGUAAAUCUUUCGCGGCUGAGUAUCGAACGUUCUCGGAUGAAUUUAAUCAGUACAAUGACAUCAAUUCGCAUUUGCUGACGAUGGAAUCUGCGCCUAAUUCAAUUCUGCACGAUGUCGGAAACGACUAUCAACAAUUGGUAGAUCCCACUGUGCCGCUGGUCGUAACAAAUCACGAGCAGUUUGAGUUGCCGGAGGAUACGUUGCUAGGUUCGGAACUGGAAAAAAUUACAAAUCCAGAACUUAUGAUGAAGAUAUUCGGCCGUAAUGGAUCUGCAGGUUUCGGAAAUUUUAACGAAGCAAAAAUACAACAAAUAAUAUCUAAUGAUCAAAUAGUCAAUGACGAGUUACGUCGCACGCAUUGUCAGCUAGAAAACAGUAUAACAUUGAACGAGUCCCAUAUGAACGUGUUGGCACGUGAUCUCAAAAAUUCAGCUCUCCGUAUCCAAAGGGAAAAUUUGUCACAGUUACGGGCCGAGAAUGAUAUACAAAAGCAAAUGCUUAAAACUUUACAACAGGAUCACUGUAAAAUGCAAGUGAAUGCCAAGCAGAAGCUUGGAAUCUGAGAAAUGGGAUGGUCUCUAAGUCACCUCGCGAAAACGGCUUUCAAAAACGCGAGCUUAAUAUGAUGAUACAUCCGGGAAUUGUUUUAAUUAAUAAGAAACAAGCUUUAAAAGUUAUCCUUUCCUUAAAAGACUAGGACAGAGCUCUCGGCAUUCGCGUACGCGCAAUUUGCAUAAUACCUCCUCGAUUUGUGUUCUGAGAUCUCUCUGUCUCGGAUAUCGAUAUCAUCAAGAUUUACGACGAAGAUCUGGGUAAUUAUUAUCAGUGCAGCAACGAAUGGAGGUUUGCAUCAGUGCGGGCGCCGUGUGUAAAACCGCUCAGCUCACGAAGAAGCCAAGACGUUGCUUAAGUUGACCGCAAGUGAUUUACUUAUUACUAAAGCAGUUUGUGUGUUCGCUUUCGAUCCGCGUUUUCCCUUGACCAGUGGAAAAGAAACGAAUGGAAAGACAUUGAAAAAAGAACUCGCACAGUAUAAUCGAGUGAUCGACGCAUGUAAAUGAUUCUUUUUCUUUUCUUGUCGUUUUUACUCCGUGGGAUUAAGGACUUUAUCGCGCGCCGUCAUGUAGAAGGACGCGUGCUUCGCUCACUAACUGAUAAUGCAAAGAUCGUACAAAACCGCAUUGUAUACUGUUAUUUAAAACGUUGAUACAUUAUAACUGUACUCGCAAAGAAAUGCACAUUUCGAAUCGAUUUCUAAGGCGACGCUUCCAAUCUCCCCACGCUCGGCGACCGAGCUGCCGAUCACGCACGUGACGCUAUGCCAAAAGAGUUAAGUUAAAAGUUAAAUGGUUAAAAGUUGAACACUAGAUUUUUUAUUAUUAAGUCUAAUAUCAUAUAUAUAUAUA